ACCGGCGUACAGGACGGUUCGCGCCAGCUCACCGUUCUCAUGUUCAUUGUUCGACUCCGGUCCUUUCGUCUCGGCCUUUACCACGCUAAACUUUCAUUACGGUAUUUUUACUUUCACGCGCGAAAGGUUAAUAGUAUAAUAACGGUUGAUCGUGGACGUUUGUCUCUUUUCAUAUUUCGAUUUAUUAUCGUAUUAGACUGUGACGAUACGCGUUAUAAAAUUUUAAGAAAAAUCUGAAAUUAUUUUUUCGGUAGAAAUAAAACAGAUUUCAGAAGAAAUUGGAGCGAAAGACAGUUAUUUUUCAUUGGGGUAAUUCGUCGGAAGUUAACGUUUUAUACAUGAACGUAUGGUUGCACAUUCUUGGCGUUACGGGAUGCUAGGUUGAAACGUGGCAGGAAUAGAAAGGAAUAGUAAUCGCACUUCAGAAUCCGAAAGGAGUCAAACACGAGAAUCCAUAUAAUGUGAGCUCUGAAAUUUUUAGUGAAUUGUCGCAGAUAAGUUUUAAGGGGGUUAUGUUGACGUGUGAGGGUGGGUUGAACGUCCUGGAAGAUUAGGAAAGCCCCCGUGACGUACGAGCGAUCCAUAAAAACGUACGUAGUGGCCACCCGAGGUCCAUCCGGAGAGUCAGGAGAAUCAGGCAAGCCACAAGGGUCGUCAGAGGCGAAGACACAGAAGCCAGGAAAGCGAAAAAGGUACUUGCGAGAAGCGGGAAGCAGCCGGAGCGCCAAUGCGAUUAGGUGGCGAGUGUGGUCGUAGUGGAACGCAUGCGCAAUUGGCACUACUUUACUCAAAGCCCGUUUCCCCCACUAGUCGGCGCUACCACGAGUGUAUUCGGGCUGGUGGCACGCCAUUGGUCCAGACUCGUUGAAGUGGGGGUAACGGGCAGUGGUGGGGAGAACGACCGCGUCACGUAGCCGAACGAGCGACUAAGCUUUUGUAUCAAUGCGCAAUCGCAUCGGAACGUUUCUCGAGAGCCGAGCUCCGAGCGAGGAAUAAACAGAGUAGAGACAGACGUCCGGAGCGAGAGAGAGAGAGAGAGCUCGAGUGGGAGAGAGAGGGAAAGAAAGAGAGAGAGAGAGAAAGAACGACGCAGGCACAGAGCGAUCACGAUGCUCGGAAGAAACGGCAAGCGGCCAGGGGCACAGGGCUGAGGGCUCAGGGCUCAUCAGGGCUCGUAUAUACGCGUAGAAUACCACGAACAGCCGGAACAGCGAUGGAACAGACAAAACCGCCCGUCUCCAGGCUACUCAAUACGUCCUGCAUCGAGAACAAGGACGAGUUGGAAGAGAAAUUUGACCGAUGCCACACUGUGCUUCAAAACCUGACUGCAGGUCUGUCGGAAAAGGAAGCUCACGAUACACUGAACAAUGCUGUUUGCAAGGACAAAACACAUGAAGAGGUAUCUUUGGGACUGCUAGUAGUGAUUUUGACAGAACCGCAAGAUGCUGCAAAAAGUUAUCGUGACUUGACAUUAAUAACUCGAGAUGGAUUGGCAAUUGUAUUGCACCAUCUCACUCAGCUGGUACUUGAACGUUACUUGAGACUACAUGACGUCUCCAGAGGCCAGCUUCUCUGGCUUGUGCGGGAAAUGAUAAGGACAAGCGUAGCCAAUGUAGACAACCUAUGUUUAAGUUUACUGAGGCACGCCGCUGGAGGAGACAUUUCCGCGAGAAAUGUGUUCCUCGUCGACGCCCUGCUUGACAUCUUCCAAGAGAACAGACCUUGGCUCGACAAAUUCCCUUUUCUCGUGGCAUCAGUUGUCUAUACGUAUUUGCGACUUAUCGAGGAUCACAGUGCGCCUCAUUUGUCAGCGUUGCGUUCAAAGGAAGUCACCUUCAUGGUGUCUCUAAUACGAGAAAGAAUGACCGACUGUUUAGUUAUUGGCAGAGAUCUGGUGCGAUUACUUCAGAACGUAGCAAGAAUUCCGGAAUUCGAGGCCCUUUGGAAGGAUAUACUUCUAAACCCGAAAUCCCUUUGUCCAAACUUUACUGGAGUAUUGCAGCUGUUACAGACACGCACUUCCAGAAGGUUUCUCCAAUCUAGACUAACUCCCGAUAUGGAAAGGAAACUCGUAUUCCUAACGAGUCAAGUGCGAUUUGGAAACCACAAGCGAUAUCAGGACUGGUUCCAAAGGCAGUAUUUGGCAACACCCGAGUCCCAGUCUCUGAGAUGCGAUCUCAUACGCUUUAUCGUUGGUGUUAUUCAUCCAACGAAUGAGCUACUUUGCUCGGAUAUUAUUCCACGUUGGGCUGUAAUUGGGUGGCUCUUUACCACCUGCACUUCCACCGUGGCGGCCAGUAAUGCCAAACUGGCCUUAUUUUACGAUUGGCUCUUCUUCGAGCCUGACAAGGACAACAUUAUGAACAUCGAACCUGCGAUUCUCGUUAUGCACAAUUCCAUGAGGUCGCAUCCAGCCGUAACUGCCACUCUUCUAGAUUUUUUAUGCAGGAUAAUACCACAUUUUUACCCAGCUUUAACGGAAAAAGUGCGCAACGGAAUUUUCUCAUCUUUGCGACAAAUUCUGGAAAAACGUGUACUCCCCAGCCUCUAUCCGCUUUUCGACAGUCCCAAACUCGAUAGAGAGCUACGAACCAAAAUCAGGGAAACCUUUAAAGAAUUCUGUUUACCACCGAACAGUGAUCCUGCAGGUAAUAAACUUCCAAUAUAUUCAGGUAAAAUGGAAGAGCUUAGUAAGGACCUUGGUCCAGGACUCAUGCUGGAGAAUACAGGAAGCACGGCAUUGGAGAACAAUCACGUGGGGCAAGAACCGGAACCAGCAUUCAGCGACGAGGAGGAAGAGAUGCCGUUAAGGAUAGUACCGAAAAUCGAAGAGGAGGAGGAUGAAGAUGACUUGCCGCUAGCUACGGUCAAGAUGAAAAACAAUCAGCGAAUUGCUAAUUGUCAAAUGAAGAAGGAAGAAGCAGCGCCACAAAUGAACUUCAUGUUGGAGCCUGAAGAGCUGCGAACGGCUGUUGAGAGUUUACACCUUGAGUCAGAUAAUGAAGCUAAAUGUCAAACAAUGGAGAGGAUAGUACAAAUGGUGGUAGAAGAUGAAAUAGACGCAGAAACGAUACCCACUCUGGCGUCUUGUAUCUCGAGUAUCCUGUCGCCUCAAAUAUCUGGUCAAAUAUUUCCUACCGACAAUUUGAAUGAGGAGUCACUCGCAGACAGUAUAAGCCCUCCAAUCUUCGUUAUGUUUCGUAAUCAAUUCCAACUAUGCAAGGAGGAAGACAAUAGAAGAAAACUUUUAGCCAGAGUUCUUGCGGAGAUGCAGUCUAUCCAGCCUAGAAUAGGAUACCUUCUUCUUUAUUUCUUGAAAGUUUGGGGUAGAGAAGAGGAAAAGAGAGAAGGGGAACCGAGUAAUGUUCUGAACGACGUAAAAGCAUCGGUGUACAAGGAUUUCUGUUCGCAGCGGGAAAAGAAGCUGGAUGCGUGUUUGGUAUCUGAUUUGAAGCUUUGUCACGAAGACGACAUAUUCAUGUUGUGUUACCUGGUACCUGAUGUAUAUACGGAGUUUCAAAAUAUUGCACUGGGCAACGUUCAGCUACUACACCUGGUCGUAUCGACAGUAGACGCAUGUCAGCUGCAGGAGCUUGUUUGUCAGAUCAUGCAAGGACACCUAAAGAUGCUGAAAAAGGAAUCGUUCUCCUCGCUCCUCACUGCUAGUCUCAAUUGGGAAACAUUCGAGCAGUACUGCUUCUGGCAACUCGUGUUCGCCCAUGACUUUCCCAUAGACUACGUAUUACCAGUUUUACCCAAGUUGCAGUUUCGAGAUCACGCCGAGGCUCUUACGUCCAUCCUCUUGAUGCUCAAACAAGAAAAGCCGACCCUGGAACUUCUCAGACAAUUACUCGUCCGGCAAAGUGUAGAAGGUGACAUGUUCGUAGUGGCAGCGCUUCGCUACUGGUGUCGCGAUUACGAGGACAAGCUAGCUGAACUUUUGGCGAAUCUUUUAAGCACACGUUAUCCUGCCACCAGUCCCAAUAAGCGAAAGCGUUCCGGGGCGAAGCACAAUCAACAGUCGAAUGGACCACCAACGGGCGAGCAAGUCCUUGGACACUUGGACCAAUUACGUCAGCACUGCACGUCCACGUCAGAAUUACAGCUUUACCAUACAGAAGGGAUGCAACGAGCGCUGCAGCAAGCUCAAGCUGCGGGAAACGAUUCCUUGAGGAAGAGUUACGGUGAUCUCUUUGCACUUGCGGAAGUGAGCGAAGAGAACGAACCUCCUCCGGCGCCUGCGCCGACCUCCGCUAGGAAACACGCGACAGCCUCCAGCGGCGGCGGAGGGGGUGGUGGUGGAACCGGAAAGGGUGGACACAGAAAAGCUGCCGUCAACACGAGAGAAAGAACCGCCACUAAAAGGCCACCUCCUCGUGACAGAAAUACGGAGAGUAGCGACCAAAGUAGCGAGGUUUACGUUUUGUCCACGCAGGAGGAGGAGAUCGUGAAACCAAAGCAAGCCAAGAAGAGAAAAAAGAUAAAUCCCGUCGGCUCGGACAGCGACUGACCACCCAGUGUCUUCAUACGUCACAUGGACCACGUCACGUGUGUGCAGCAAGCUACGCUAGCCUUAGGAAUAGUAAGAUAAUAUAAUACAUAUAAUUAGGUAUAUAUAUAUAUAGAUAACCUGUAAAUAAAGCACGCGUCAAAAGUAAGUGCGACAGUCCGCGAAUAGGAGGGAGAGGGGGGAACUACCGAUUGAUCACAUUAGCAUUGUCGAAGCGACUUUUUCUCUUUCUCUCUCUUUCUGUCUCUUGUACAAAUGCGUUUAAAUUUGUCAGAUAACAACACAGAUCUUGCUGACUCGAUUGGCACUGCGAGUGAAUUUGAAAAAUCUGUCAGGCUGUUAUGUAUUGCUAGUGCUCUAUCAUUGUCUUCUUAUUGCUAUUAAUUUUUUUAAUUACUGUUAAAUUACUUAUUUUUAUUUUUUUUUUGUAUUUUUUUUCUCACGACGGAACAUCGUGAAAAUUAUGCUGUCGCUCGACAUCUACUGUUACGGUGUAAACACGGUUAGAUUAAUAAUUUGACAUGUUACGUGGCCAUAAGCUGUAAAUAGAAUUUUUUAUAAAUUUUCAAUGAUUCUUAUAACGCGUAAGAACAUUUCGAAGUUUUCUCGUCGUUCAGACGGCUUUCGAGUAACGUUACGCAUAAAGCGUGCACAUUCUCACGACCAAAGUGUAUUCCAGCAAUGACUACCAAUCAGAAUGCAAAAUCGUUCUCGAUAUAUGAUUUCUUUAAAUGGCAACGGUCCAUCAAUCUCCCGAUUUUCGUGCACGGAUAUACGAAGAAUGUAAAUUAUAAUGUAUGACAACAGAGAUGAAAGAAUGAGCAUGAGACUUUGACUAUCAGCUCACGCAAUCGCGUCACGCUUUCACAAUAACCGCGUAAGAUCGGAGCUUCGGUGACGAAAUGAUUCCUAAAGAAGCUUUUACUCGUUGAUUUCGCAGAUUCAUAUCGAAACGCAGAAAGUUCGCGAAGUCCUCGGAUCGAUGGGAUCUCCGCGGAAGGAGAUAAAGGGAAGGCGUUUAUAACGCCGAGAAGCUAAACUCGAGUGCGAGGAGAGAAAAAGUCAUCGUUCGUACACGCCCGUAAUGUAAAUUUUCUGUAAAAUUAUAUUAGUCUAGUAAAUAGGUAGCUGCGUUAUGUAUUUUGUAGGUGUACAUAAGAAGAUACGGAAGUGUGAGGGACAUCGCGGCGAGACUUCCAUAGAGAAUUUUCUGCCAGUCCUCUUGACCUUUUUUCUUUCUUUUUUUUUUUUGGAAAUUUAACCGAGUGAGAACGAAAGAAGAAAGAAAGAGAUCGAGAGAAAGGGAACUGAAGUGGAUCGAGGAAAAGGAGUGCAUGGCGAAGCACGAAAGAACGAAUUAACGAAUGAAACGAAUAAGUGUAUGCGCGAAUGAAGAAUGAAAGUGAGGAGAGAGGAGAAGAAAGAUAUAGACAAAUGAUGAUUGGAAAGAUAGAUCGAUAUCGGGAUGCUAGGCGACCAUGUGGCGUUUUGACGACGUCAUAGAACUUACGAGUGAGGUAUUGCAAUUUUUCUCGUAAUUAUACAUAUACAUAUUAUUAUUAUAUCGAUGGUCGGUAGUAUAUUGGCGUUGUUAUGACUUUUCUACUUGUAAAUAAAUCUCGACUUUGAGCGAUAUUUAAAUGACGGAAAUGGUUGUUCAGCGUGCGCGACGAUUGCGACGAGAAGUAAAAAAAAAAAGAAAAACUGUAAACAUUUAAUGUUUUUAACGAUCUUGUACACAGGGAAUACAUGUAAAUACAUGCAUAGAACUAUCGUAAUGCGGAUAUAAACAUUUAAUGUUUUUAACGAUCUUGUACACACGGAAUACACGUAAAUGUAAAUACAUAGAGAUUACCAAAAUA